AUGCCGUCGGUUUCGAAAGCGGCGGCGGCGGCGGCGCUGAGCGGGUCCCCCCCGCAGACCGAGAAGCCGACCCACUACAGGUAUCUAAAGGAGUUUAGGACAGAGCAGUGCGCCCUGUUUGUGCAGCACAGGUGCAGCCAGCACAGGCCAUUUACCUGUUUCCAUUGGCAUUUCCUAAAUCAGCGUCGGCGCAGACCGCUCCGCAGGCGCGAUGGCACCUUCAACUACAGCCCAGAUGUGUACUGCGCCAAGUACGACGAGGCCUCCGGCCUGUGUCCCGACGGCGACGAGUGCCCCUACCUGCACCGGACGACCGGGGACACUGAACGCAAGUACCACCUACGCUACUACAAGACGGGUACAUGCAUCCAUGAGACGGAUGCGCGAGGCCAUUGUGUGAAGAAUGGGCUGCACUGCGCCUUCGCACACGGCCCCCUGGACCUGCGGCCACCCGUGUGUGAUAUCAGGGAGCUACAGGCUCAGGAGGCCUUGCAGAAUGGCCAGCUUGGUGGUGGGGAUGGUGUACCUGAUCUGCAGCCCGGGGUGUUGGCUAGCCAGGCCAUGAUUGAGAAAACUCUGGGCGAGGACCCCCGUUGGCAAGAUGCUAACUACGUCCUGGGAAGCUACAAGACUGAGCAGUGCCCAAAGCCACCGCGUCUGUGCCGCCAGGGGUACGCGUGCCCACACUACCACAACAGCAGAGACCGCCGGAGGAAGCCCGGGAGGUUCCAAUACCGGUCCACACCAUGCCCCAGCGUGAAGCUUGGUGAUGAGUGGGGCGAGCCCUCGCAGUGCGAUGGCGGCGACGGCUGUCAGUACUGCCACUCCCGCACUGAACAGCAGUUCCAUCCUGAGAUCUACAAAUCUACAAAGUGCAAUGACAUGCGCCAAACCGGCUUCUGCCCUCGGGGUCCUUUCUGUGCCUUUGCACAUGUGGAAAAGAGCCUCGGCCUAGGGACUGACUGGGGCUGCCGCGACCUCAGCAGCAGCACUGCCACGGCCCACAGCAGCCAGCCUGGAAAUGCCAAGUGGAGAGAGACAGCCUCGGAGGGCAGCCAGAAGUCCAGCCAGCUAGACAGCAAGCAGAACCACCUCGCUGUGUUUGCAGUGGUUCACCCACUAGCCCCCAGCGUAAGCUCCAGUGUGGCAUCCAGCCUGGCGUCCAGCACCGGCUCAGGCAGCUCCUCCCCCACCACACUGCCUGCCCUCCCUGCACGCUCGCUCCCACUGGACCCCACUGGCAACACGGUGGAAGCCGUCCUAGGUUCUGCCUUAGACCUUCAUCUUAGUGACAUAAAUAUCGCAUCCCUAGAGAAAGAUCUGGAAGAGCAGGAAAGUCAUGACCCUGGACUGACAGGUCCCAGGUCGCUGGCAGGCUCGGCGCCUGUCACCAUCCCAGGCCCCCUGCCCCGAUCGCCGUCCCUACACUCGUCUUCAUCCCUCUCCACCUCUCCGCUCAGCUCCCUCUCCCAGUCCCUAUCUGGGCCUCUGGUCUCCUCAGCCAUGACGCCCCCCCAGCAGCCACCACUGCCCCUGCGGUCAGAGCCUGCCCCACUGGGCUCUGCAGCCUCGUCCUACAGCUCCUUAGGCUUGAAUGGCGUGCCUGGGAGUAUCUGGGACUUCGUUUCUGGCAGUUUUUCUCCCAGCCCAUCCCCCAUCCUGAACCCUGGCACCACAGCCCCAUCAAAUGCAAGUCCCAACAGUGCUGAGCUAGCCCGGGUCAGACGACAGCUGGAGGAGGCCAAAAGGAAGAUCAGGCGGUGGGAGGAGUCUUGGCAGCAGGUGAAGCAGGCCUGUGAUGCUUGGCAGCGAGAGGCUCAGGAGGCCAGGGAGCGUGCCCGUGCCGCUGACAGUGACCGCCAGCUGGCCCUGCAGAGGAAGGAGGAGGUGGAGGCCCAGGUGAAGCGGCUGCAGGAGGAGCUGGAAAGCCUUGGCCUGCUGUCAUCGCUGCCCAGGGACAUGGGCUCCAUCCCGCUUCCCCAGCUGCACUCCCUGCAGAACCAGCUGCGCCUGGAGCUGGAGGCUGUGGAUGGGGUGAUCUACCAGCUUCGUGCCAAGCAGUGUGCAGCCUGCCAGGAACCGGCACCCAGCACUGCCCUGCAGCCUUGUCAGCACCAGGUCCUGUGUGACUCAUGUGCAGCCACGGCACCCGAGUGCCCUUACUGUGAGGGCCAGAGCCCAUGGUGACCACAGCCAAGGCCUGUACCUGAUGAGCAUCGGGCAGGGCCUCCACGUGCCACCAGAGCACUGUUGCUCACUGCUGGUGCCUCCUGUGUCAGGAUGUGAGUGUGUGCCAACUGUGCUCAACGGCCUUUUGUAUUUUUUUUUUUUUAACCACAUCUCACUGGUGGUUUCAAGGUGUUCUCAAACACCUUAAACAACCCACACCUGCCUGUCUUUAGGGGCUCAGCCCCUCCAGGUCUGGGUGGCAGUUGAUACGCUUCAGUCUUGGCAUUGCGGAAGCCAGGCUCCUGGGAGGCCAUGCCUCCUCAAAGCACUUUGUAAACCGAGGAAUUUAGACAUUUUAAGUUGUGUACGCUGCUUUCUAGGUUCAUGUUUAAAUAUGCGGUAACAUGAAGCUUUGUGUACUGUGAACUUGAAGUUUCCUAUUGGUUUAUUGCUAACUCAUAGUAUGGUAGACAGAUUUCAUAUUCUGAAACUACUUAUGAAGUGAGAGCAUUUAUCUAGUAGCGAGGAAGAUCUAGGAUUUUUACUUUUUCAAAUUAAAUGCAAAUAGUAUUUAUAAGCAGAGUGAUUAUUGGAAGACAUACAUUUAGAUGUUUUGAAUUUUAUGAAAGAAACUCAUUUUCCUAGCGUGUGCGUGCAUACACAGGUAGUUUAUAUUCCAGUGUCGUGCGACGAUACUGAGCAAUCUGCACGCCUCACGUGACCCGUGGCCACCUUUUCUAAGUGCCUGUGCCUUGCAUCAGAAAUGAAGUGACUUGUUUGGCUUGGUUUUCUCCUGUGAAGACAAUUUGACGCUAAUGGAAACUGCAACAGAAGGGCCCAGACUCACAUUUGAGGGUCUGGGACAUUCACUUUGGAAGCAACUGCGUUCUGAUGACUUAGAUCCAUAACAGGCAGUGGUGCUUUGUAACUUCCCAGAGCCAUCUGGGCAAGAGGCGGGGGCAGACUUGUGGGGUCUGCAGCUGCUGGAGGGCAUCCAGGGCAGCAGGCUAGGCAGAGGUCACCAUGGCUCAGCCCGAGGCCUGCAGCUCAGUGUGCUGCAGAGAGUCCAGUGUGGUGAUCCUGGGCCCUGGCUGGUCAGGACUGGGCUGCCUGGAAAUCUGGGAAGGAGAUGUUUGUGGACCCCAUGCCCCUCCUCCCCUGUGGCUUUGCCAAAGACUUUAAUAGCAUUUUCUAAAGUGCAAAGUGACUAGGUAAACAUUUUUAUCAACUACCAAACUAGAAUGUAUUUAAUAUAGGAGAUUUAAAAGCAUUUUUAAUAUAAGACACACUGAUAGAGAAUUCUAUCAUUUUAAAGGAUGUGAAUCCAUGACAUUCCACAGCUAGUCUGCUACUAAAGGCAACUAUUGACUUGGUUUUAUUUUGUUCUUAAUUACAUAGUGAAUGACUUAUUAGUUCAGUACCUAGCAAUCAUGUAUUUUUGUGCUAUUAAUCAAUGUUUUAAGAUUAUUUUUAUUGAUAUUUAUGCACCUGUUUCCCAUAGGGGCCUCUGGUCUUUCCUGGGACAACAGGACAGUGUUUGUUAUUGGUAUCUAGUUUAUUAUUGGUAUCGUGAAGAGCAACUAGGCUCCAGCCUGCUGGCCAGUUCCUGUGUGGAGUGGCUGGCACUCUGGAGCGAGUCACAACCCAGGGUGGUGACAGCUCAGAGCGGUGCCCACUGUGGCCAGUGGAUGCUUGCCAGUCUGCUCCUCCAGGUCCAGGAUGGUGGAAGAGCAGGGAACUGCCUGCAGGCAUGGCUCCGGUCCUCCCCACCUUGUGUGGGUUCUAGAGCAUUCCUAGGCAAAGGGGCUGAGGGGAGGAGACCUACAGCCUGUAAUGUGGACAGUGGACUUCGGGCCUGGGUUUAGGAGCUGAGGCUGUGUUAGCCCCACCCUUGUUUCCGUUGCCCGUUGUCUAUAGUACUAAUAUUAAAGUUAGAGGGUGGCAAGUGUCCUGUAGCUGUGGUCGGCAGGCCUUCCUCCAGUGAGGGCACUUCCUGUGGACAGAGUACAGAAGCCUGUGUUCUGCAUUCUUAGGUGUUCCUCUCUCUGUCAAGAGCCUCCUAACCUAUAAGGUCGUGUUUAUACUGCAUAAUCAUUUACUUGUAGUCAACUGUUAACAUUUGUUUAAAUUUUUUACACUAUAGCAUUUAUGCAAUGGUUUACAGAAUUCAUGGAAUUAUUUUUACCAGUAUGGGAUAAAAUUAAGUCUCUGACUCUCU